AUGGCUGUAGAUGGGCGAUUUGAGUGUAUCAAUUGGUUUUCUAUGAAAUUAUUAUCUUGGAAUAUCAGGGGUAUGGGUAAGGCAGAAAAGCUCGGAAGAAUCAAAAAGCUCCUAAAGGAUAGACAUAUAGAUGUUAUUUUUCAAGAGACCAAAAAGGCAGUGAUAUUUGAUAUUGAUGUUCGAAGGUUAUGGGGGAGUAGAAACAUAGAGUUUAUGUCUGUUGAUUCUGAAGGAACAACUGGAGGGCUAUUAUGUAUCUGGGACCCUGCUGUCUUCACUCUCUCUGGAUGCUGCUGCAAUAGGAGUUGGUCUGGAUUCAUACUUUAUCAAAAGCUCAAGCAUCUUAAGUUGAUCUUAAAAUCUUGGAAUAUUGAGCUGUUUGGCAAUAUUCAUUCAAAAAUCAAGUCAUUAGAGGAAGAGUUACAUGCAUUGGACAUCAUUGUAGAGGAAAAGGCACUGGUUGCUUCAGAAAAGUCAAGAAGAAAGGUGGUUAGAGAUGAGAUGUGGAAACUUUACAGAAUGAUAGAGUGGAUAUGGGUCAAGCAGCAAGUUUUACACCAUUUCAAGACUCAAUUCAUUGAAUCAUGGGUUAAGAGACCUAUUUUGGGAGGGGUGUUCAAUACUAUUGAAGCAGAUUAUGUUUCUCAACAUCUGGUAGCUGAGUUCAGUGCAACUAAAGUCCUAGCAGCAAUUAAAGAUUGUAACAACAACAAAGCUCCAGGCCCUGAUAGGUUCAACCUAUUGUGCUAUUGGAAAUUCUGGAAGGUUAUGAAGCCGAACAUAAUACAAUUUUUCAAGGAGUUUCACUCCAACAGUAGGCUCACUUAUGGCAUUAACAACACAUUUAUUACUCUCAUUCCCAAGUUAGAAAAUCCAGUUGGUUUAUCUAACUAUAGACCUAUAAGUCUUAUGGGAUCCAUUUACAAAAUCUUGGCCAAAGUUCUAUCACACAGAUUGAAAUCAGUGCUUUCCUCAAUCAUUGGUGAAACUCAGGCUGCAUUCAUAGGAGGAAGAAAUAUUCUUGAUGGGGUGUUCAUUGCUAAUAAAGUGGUGGAUGGUUGGAAGAAGGCCAAAAAGCCAGGAUUGAUUCUUAAAUUGGACUUUGAGAAAACAUAUGAUUCUGUCAAUUAG